AUGGAAAUUUGUGUUUCAACUGUCGGUUCAAUUGCGGGCAACAUUUCCAACCGCCUGUUUGAUGCAGCAGACCAUCAUACUGGUUACCUGCUUAACUACAAUGACAACAUCGAAGGAUUAAGAAAGCAAGUUCAGAGACUCGAGGCUAUCAGAGGCGACAUACAAGUGAAGAUUGGUGCUGCUAAAAGAAACAACGAAAUUAUUUUACUGGCCAUCCAAAAUUGGAUAUCAGAAGUUGAUAAUGUCUCUGCAGAAGCUAUAAAGUUUUUGGAAGAUGAAAGCAAUGCGAACAAGAUGUGCUUCAGAGGGUGGUGCAUCAAUCCCAGAUUGCGCUACCGGUUCAGCAAGGUGGCAAAGCAGAAGAUAGCAGAGAUCACUCAGCUCCAAGAAGAUGGAAAAUUCCAAACUCUAUCUCAGCCUGCUCCUCCUCCUUCAGGCAUUAUCUCUCCAACUGUGGGAUUUUCUGGAAUUUUCAAAUCCAGAGAAUCAAUCAAGAAUGAAAUUAUGGAGGCCUUGAAAGAUGACAAGGUCAGCAUAAUUGGAAUAUGUGGGAUGGGGGGUGUGGGUAAGACCACACUAGUGAAACAAGUCGGCAAACAAGCUAAAGAAGAGAAGUUGUAUGAUUCAGUAGUUAUGGUGGUUGUGUCCCAAACCCCAAAUAUCAUGAAUAUUCAAAGAGAAAUUGCUCACAUGCUGGAUCUGAAAUCAUUAUCAGAUUGUCCUGAAUCAGCAAGAGCAAGUUCUCUAUGGGAGAGAAUUAAGAAGGAGAAACGAAUACUCAUAAUAUUGGAUGAUAUUUGGAGAAGAAUUCAAUUGGAGGAGAUUGGCAUUCCUUUUGGGAAGGACCAUGGAGGUUGUAAGAUCGUGCUUACUUCUCGAAGGAAAAAUGUAUGCGAUCAAAUGGAUUGUGACAAGACAUUUAUUGUUGGAACUUUGACAAAACAGGAGUCAUGGGCGCUAUUCAAGGAUCUUGUUGGCAUGGAUGUUGAAAAUUCUAUUCUGAGCUCAAUCGCAAGAGAAGUAACUGCUGAAUGUGAUGGUCUGCCGAUUGCAAUCGUGACUGUAGCCAGGGCACUGAAGAACAGGGACAUGUAUGAGUGGUGUGAUGCCUUACAACGACUUAAAAGUUCAACAUCAACAAACAUUGAAGGAAUGCAUGAAAAUGUAAUUUUAUCCUUGGAGUUGAGUUACAAUUUUCUAGAAAAUGAGGCAAAAUCUGUCUUCUUAUUUUGCUCUGUAUUUCCAGAAGAUUUCAAAAUUCCUGUUGAAGUCUUAGUGAGAUACGGAACAGGAUUGAGAUGGUUCAAAGACUUGGGGACAAUUAAGGAUAUUAGAGUCAGAACACAUGCUAUUGUAAGUAACCUUAUCUCUUCUUUUCUAUUGAUUAGGGAAGAAUUUGGGGAAGAAUAUGGUAAGAAAUAUGUCAAAAUGCAUGAUGUAGUUCGUGAUAUUGCACAUAUCAUAGCACGCAAACACAAUUAUACAUUCUUAGUGAAAGCUGGUACGAGUUUGAAAGAGUGGCCAGAAAGAGAUACAUUUGAAGAUCUCAUGUGUAUCUCAUUGAUGUUAAAUGAUAUUAAAGAGGUACUGGAUGGGAUAGAAUGGCCAAAGUUGCAAUCGUUGCUACUGCAACAAAAUUCCAGAUUGGUUGUCCCUAACAAUUUCUUUCAAGGCAUGAAUCAUCUUGAAGUUCUAGAUUUAAGUAAAACUCAAUUAUCACCAUUGCCUGAGUCAUUUUCCUUUCUUGUAAACCUUAGAACUUUGUACCUUAAUUAUUGCAAAUUGGGUGACUUAUCUAUAAUUGGAGAUCUAAGCAAACUAGAAAUUCUUAGCCUUUCUGGUUCUAACGUUAGGGAGAUCCCUAUAUCGUUUAACCGAUUAACUCAUCUGAGACUAUUAGAUUUGAACUAUUGUAAUAAGUUGACACGAAUAUCACCUGGUGUCAUAUCCUCUCUUUGUAAAUUAGAAGAGUUGUACGUUUUAAAAAGUUUUAGGCUUUGGGAUUUAGGAGAUGGGGGAGAUUCAAGUAGCAAUGCAUGGCUUGCUGAGUUACAAUUCUUGUCUAGAAUAACUAGUUUGCAAAUUAUUAUCCCCAACCUGAAUUUCUUAGUUGAUAAUGAUGUGCCAUUCAAAAACUUAUCAAGCUUUACAAUAAUAAUAGGUGCUGGUGAUUUUAUUUCAAGGGAGUAUUCACGAAAUUUGAUGAUCUCAUAUAAUAAUGACAUUAUCAUUUCAACAUUACUUGAUUAUUUGAAGAAUUUGGUAAUUGAAAGAACAGAGCAUCUACGUAUUAAAGGUUUGGACAACAUCUUUCAUGAUCUGGUAAAUAGAGGACUGAAUGAACUGAAGUGUUUAGAAGUGGUUGAUCAGAAGGUAACAUUUCUUGUAAAUAUUUUGGAAUGUUCAUCAAAUUUAAGUUUCCACAACUUAGAGUUUCUACAAAUUGUUGGCAAUCCCAACUUGGUUGAAAUAUGUCAUGGUGAACCCUCAAUCCAGUCCUUCAAUAAGCUCAAAAAUUUGACUGUUAAGAGGUGCGGCAGAACAAGACUGGCAUCCGGAGCAGAAAUUAUAAUUGGCAAAGCGCAAAAUGGGAAUUCUGUUUAA